AUGGCAAAGCCAUCCACAAACGGGUUUGAAAGAGCUCUGGCGACCUUUCGUGCGAGGCUCUCGCCGGAGGAAGACGCUCAAUUCCAAAUUACGGCAAUAGACGACUUGCGAAUGUCUAUCCUUUCAAUCCAAUCCCACCAGAGAGCACGCAGGCGAAUGAUACAUAUGAAACGCAUUGAAUCAUUUCUCGAGGCCAUGGAACAAUUUGGAAAGACUGCGAGUACAUGGGUUGAGAUUCUCGAUGAACUACUUGAUGCCUACCAGCGCAUCUUCGAGAAUCUUCCCAUUUUUCAAGAGUACCAGACUCUAUUCCAGAAUGAGCCGCAAAUGCACCAUGCGAACCAGAUUCACAUCCGCAACUAUAUCUCAGACAGGACAAGGAUCUUUCAAGAGUUCGAGAGAAUUGCAGCACGUACAGCGGACGAGAAAUAUGAAUAUGUUCUUCGUUGGCUCAAUGCCCCCGUUGCCGUUGAAAUCCAUGAAGAUGUGGCGACGGUAAGGAACGAAUUCUUCAGGGCUACCAAUAUACAGACAGGUCAGUGGAUCAUCCACAACGAGAAAGUCAAGAAUUGGCUUGAUUUAGACGUGCCGAAAACCUCAAUAAUAUGGGUUCAUGGGAUACCAGGAGCAGACGAGAUCCAAAGCCGAGCUGCAGCGGACCACGCUUUCUUCUACUGCAAAGAUGGCGACUCGGAGCGAAAUUCUUACCCACAGAUUCUUCGAGCUCUGCUCAGUCAGUUGAUCUCGCAAAACCGAGGUUCAGUCCCUUACUAUUAUGAUGAAGGAAUCCAAAGCGGCGACGUCUCUUUGAAGUCCACAAAGCUUUCUAAAAGACUUAUUGACUCUGCAAUGCAAAACCUUCGCAAAGGCUUUAUCGUCAUUGACGGGAUUGACGAAUGCGCUCCGGGUGAGCGCAAGGCGCUGUUAGAACACCUCAUUCAGCUCAUCGACCUUUGUGAUGCGACAUUCCCGGGGAAAGUGAGACUCAUGAUCUUGAGCCGAGAGGAGCCGGACAUCAAGAAAUUCCUUGCUGGCAGCGAGACUCUGAGGAUUACAUCGCGUGAUACACUUGAAGAUAUCAACACAUACAUCAAGUACCAAGCGGGAAUGUUUCUAUUUGCCAAGUUAGUCACGGAAAACCUGAUUGCCCAGCCAACAAUGUACGAUCUCCAGAGAGAGCUCCAGCCACAGGUGUUCCCAAGUGGGCUCGGGCAAGCUUACAAGCGAACGUUCUUCUCUAUCCAGAACAAUCCAAGAGAAAACGAGAGAGCUCUUGCUAGUCGAAUCCUCUCCAUGAUGCUGUCAGCCCAGAGACCUUUGAGAUGGCAUGAGGUACAAGGUGCCAUUUCCAUCGAUCCAGUCGAACAAAAGGCCGACUGGGCGCGAAGACUGAAGUUUCAUGUCAAGGACGUUUGUGGUUCCUUAAUUCAGAUACUGGGUGAAGACAGGAUUGAGUUUGUGCACGUCACAGCCAAUUUUUACAUAGUAGAUUCCGGCUACAUCUCUCAUUUAUCCGCUGCGUACUCGAUGACCGUCUUGUGUCUUCAGUACUUGACUUUUGAGUGUUUCGAUCAGCAUUGCAGCACGACCUCCCGUAUGGCCUCGGCACUGCAAGGAGACAUGGCGUUUCAGGACUACGCUGUGGCUCAUUGGUGCGAUCACAUCAUUCAAUUGAAAGACGACCGCGGGGAUGUUGUAAGCCUCUCGUCAUUAGCAUUUUGUCUGACACAAAAUCGGAGAGUCAUUGAAGAGGCUGCGGUUUCCAGCCAUCCCGACCAGAGCAAAACGCAGCAACUCGACACCUUUUACGGCAGGAAUUUGUUCAAGUGUCCAAGACGUACUUGCUACUUUUUCCACCAGGGCUUCGACUCUGGCAGAGGACGCGGGGACCACAAUGACCGGCACGAGCGACCUUUCCGUUGUCCCGAGGACGACUGUCCAGCCCAGACAUGCGGCUUUACCUCCCAGAAAGAACUGGAAAAACAUCAAAAGAGGACACACCCUGGAGCUGGCAACGGGCCGGCGAAGUUUGCAAGGCUGAAAAAGGACAAGAUAAAGGGCGAUGAAUCAAGCUCGCUAAGACACUCUGCCACUGUUGCCCAAGGCGCCGGGCGGACCCCAACAACGGAAGAUUCGGGAAGGAACAUGAACGAGAUCUUCACCAUCGAAACCACGUACCGGCAGAACCUCGAAAAUAACUUGCGCCCGGCUGCGCACCACAGUGAUGCCCGCUGCGGGUGGGAAGCAACCCAUAGGCAUACUCUGCUGCAGGUGGGUGGCCUGUCGCUAAUCCUGACCUGUUCCGGGCUGUAUCACGCAUCGUGGGAAAUUUUAGCGUUCUGUGAACCGAUACUUAGCCAAUCGGCCACGGUCUUGCAGUUCGAAGAACCGGUGCACUUUGCCGCAUUUUAUGAACCGUAG